AUGAUGGAAGUGGAGCGACAAGUGAAGAGCAAUACAGAAGCAUUUCUGCUUGCUAGAUUCAUGCAUUGUCCCACAAUCAAACAUUAUGGAAUUGCUAAACGAGUGCUCAGGUACAUCAAGGGGACUCUAGACUAUGGUUUAGAGUAUGUGAAAGGCAAGGAUGCAAUGUUGAUUGGCUUCUGUGAUAUCAAGCAGAAUUGUGUGGCAUUGUCCACUACAGAAGCAGAGUAUAUAAGUGCAUCUGAGGCUACUGCACAUGCUAUUUGGCUUAGAUUUGUGCUAGAAGAAUUUGGAGAGCUUCAAACUAAAGCAACUCCAUUGGUAAAGUUCCCCAUUGCCUUGAAAACCAUUGACUGGUAUGCCUAUGCUGGACUGGACUGUCAACAACUUCAACUGCUAAGCUUCAGCUGUAAAUCGAUACCAAAGUUUGAGUUUGACAGAGCUUUAAUCUAUUUCAAGCCUUGGAAGGCUUUUUGA